GUCCCAGGAGACGCCAAGUGGAGCGCGUCCUUUCCAGAGGGGCCGGUCCGGAACCUGAAACCCGCGCGCCUUGGGCGCCUCGGGGGAGCACGCGAGGCUCUUCGCUUCCAACAGCCCUGCGCCUUCACGAGGAAGAAAAGUGCACAGGAAAGCCAAGCGACCCCUCCAAAGUCACACAGCCCGGGAAGGUGGGCGGCCCCGGCUCCCAGUGCUCGGCCAUGGCCCCUCUGCCGCUGUGCAGGCUCCCGAGGUCGCUGCCGCCGUGGCUGCUGCUGCUGCUGCUGAGCGUGGCGCUGUUGGGUUUCCAGGCCCGCGCCGAGCCCGCCGCCGGGAACGCUGUCCCCGCGCAGAGCCGUCCGUGCGUGGACUGUCACGCGUUCGAGUUUAUGCAGCGCGCCCUUCAGGACCUUCGGAAGACCGCCUACAGCCUGGACUCGAGGACCGAGGCCCUCCUGCUGCAGGCCGAGCGCCGGGCCCUGUGUGCCUGCUGGCCUGCCGGCCGCUGAGGCCCCUCAUACGCCACUAUUCCCCCAUCAAUAAACACGGGCCCCACAUGCUGUG